AUGACUUCGUUGCAACGAACCAUAGUGGGCCUGCGACAGCUUCGCAUCCGCAAUGCGACAUUUCAGGAAUCCUGUGCCCUUCGCAUUCACAGACAGAGAACAGCAUGCUGCUCACCACAGAUGAGAUGGCAACACGCCGCUCCCGCAGCAACGACGAGCUCGGAAACACCACCAGAGAACACGCCCGCUAAAAAGAUCAAAUACACUACCGACUCAUAUCCAACAUUGAAAAGGGAUCCGCGAUUCAAAGAGAUUGCGAAGGAGGACGUCAAGUUUUUCAAAGAUCUGCUGGGCAAUGAGAGCGCAAUAGUAGAUGGCGUCAACCAAGAUGCAAGCGGCGAGAUUGAAGCGUUCAACGCAGACUGGAUGCGCAAAUACCGGGGGCACACACGGCUAGUACUGAAGCCCGACUCAACCGAACAGAUCAGCAAAAUCAUGAAAUAUUGCAACGACAACCUGAUUGCCGUAAAUCCUCAGGGCGGAAACACAGGCUUGGUCGGUGGAUCAGUACCUGUCUUUGACGAGAUUGUGCUCAACUUGAAUCGCAUGAACCGCAUACGCUCCUUCGACGAUGUCUCUGGUAUCUUGGUUGCAGACGCUGGAGUUGUGUUGGAGGUCGCAGACAAUUACCUUGCAGAGAGGGGACACAUCUUCCCCUUGGACCUUGGCGCAAAAGGAAGCUGUCAUAUCGGUGGAAAUGUUUCGACUAACGCUGGUGGACUGCGUUUUUUGAGAUAUGGUAGUCUACACGGGAGUGUCCUAGGUCUUGAGGUUGUGUUGCCUGACGGCACAAUCAUGAAUGAUUUGGGAAAGCUACGCAAGAACAACACGGGCUACGAUCUCAAACAGCUAUUCAUCGGUGCAGAGGGGACUAUUGGUAUCGUCACAGGAAUCUCUAUCCUCUGCCCUCAGAGGAGUUCUGCCGUCAAUGUUGCGUUCUUCGGCCUUGAAUCAUACGAAAAAGUUCAGGAAGCAUUCAAGGAAGCCAAAAAGUCACUACAGGAGAUUUUGUCUGCCUUCGAGCUGAUGGACCUGCAGUCACAAAAGCUCUACUCCCGGGCCACUGGCAACAAGCUGCCACUGGAACAGGAAUAUCCUUUCUACUGCCUGAUCGAGACAUCUGGAUCCAAUGCCGAACACGAUAGUGAGAAGCUCAAUGCCUUCCUCGAGCACGUCAUGAGCGAAGAGAUCGUGUCAGACGGUGUGGUCGCCGAGAACGAAACACAGAUCAAGAACCUUUGGCGCUGUCGUGAGGGCAUCAGUGAAUCAUCACAGCAUUGGGGCGGCGUGUACAAAUAUGAUCUCUCCAUCCCUCUCCCACAACUCUACGCCCUCGUCGAUGACGCUCGCGCACUGUUUCAGAAGAACGGUCUCAUGGAUCUAGAGGAUGAAUCAAAACCCGUCGUCGACGUUGUCGGCUAUGGCCACAUGGGUGAUUCAAAUUUGCACCUGAACGUUGCUACGAGGCGGUAUGACAAGGAGGUCGAGAAGGUACUUGAACCGUGGGUGUACGAGUGGGUGCAGAAGCGCAAUGGCAGCAUCUCGGCCGAACAUGGCCUUGGUGUUGCGAAGAAGGAGUUUGUUAAAUACAGCCGCGACGAGACGAUGUUGAGGUUGAUGGGCCAGGUCAAGAACCUCUAUGAUCCGAACGGAAUCAUGAACCCAUAUAAGUACAUCUGA